UCUAAUGACGAAGAAAACUUGACAUCAAGGAGGGAAAUUGUCGUGAUUGUACGGGUAUAAAUCGAGGCUACUACAGGUUAACGUGCGCAAUGGACUAACAACUAGAUCGGAUGAUCAUGGUACGACCCCCGUCAGCGAAUCUGUUAUAAAAGCAAAGAACAGUCAAUUUGUUCCAAAAAGACAGCUUCAACCCACACGUACAGUGAAUGUCUUUGAUAUUACUUGCUGCAACCUCCAUGCUGUAAAAGGUGGUCAUUCCUGAUUUCUUCCAUAGGAGCUUUAAAUUGUGUCGUGAGGUGGAUUGUUUGUUGCUUGACACCGACUGGGCGAGCUGUUUGCUCCGCAGCCUCACUAUGCGCAACCGACGUGAUAGUAACCGAUGUUUCCUUGCAUUGUGUCUACUCGUUUUUUCCCUAGAAUUUACUUCCACCGUUGGCCAAGUGGCCGAUACUGUUCGUCUGGUGGACGGAAAUUCCUCAUCUGAAGGCCGAGUGGAGGUCUAUCACGAUGGAGAGUGGGGCACGAUAUGCAGCGACUUCUGGACCGCUGCAAGUGCCAAGGUCGUCUGUCGUCAACUCGGCUACGGGUUCGUAUUUUCCAAACUGGCCAACUUCGGUGAGGGGUCUGGGCCGAUACUCCUGGACGAUGUGUGGUGCGCUGACUUCCAUGGAAUGAUUGAAGACUGCUAUCAUAAUGGCUGGGGCAACCAUGAUUGCAACCACACCCAAGACGUCGGCGUGGUGUGCUCAGAACACUUCAUUUAUAAUGGCAACACCGUGAUAACAGAUGAACGGAGGUUUGAGCUGAAUUUGACCGACUCCCGGUUCGAGGCCUCCGGCUUUUUGGUGGCGCGCUAUAGUCCGGCCGAGGAGUGGGGCGCCAUCUGCGGCGACCAUUGGGACUACCGAGACGCUCAAGUGGCCUGUCGCCAUCUUGGAUUCGGACCGAACAUCGACACCAAGGCCCGUCUGAUCAAUGAGAGCGACAUACCCGAGACCACGAUGUUCUCGGCGGUCGGUUGUCUGGGAGACGAAACUGAGCUGUGGCAGUGCGAGCUGGUAUCCGGCGCUGGGGUUACCUGCGAGACGCUUCCUUACAUCGAAUGCGAAGCAGAAACUGCAAUGUUUGAGGAUCCCAUCAAUUUGUGUGGCCAGAUACACUACUGUGGUUUUGAAUGCCAUCAAGGCCCGCGUGACACACUGAGAUACGAGGCCACAGAGACGUGCAAAUGCGACAACGCAUGCGUAUACUUCGAAGACUGUUGCUAUGACUACAAAACCAACUGCGACCCAACGCCCGAUUCCGGUGGAGAGUUAAUGAAUGGAGUAGACAUACGGUACUACGCAUGCGUACAGACGCCGGGAAUGGAAGUCGUAGAGAGAUACGCCCACUUCGGUUUUGCGCUUGUGAGUUUCUGCCCCCAGCAAUGGACCGGCCCCGAUUUCUUGAAGCUUGAGUGCGAACAGAUGCCCUUCCCCUUAGACGUCAUCGCAUCCCUCCCAGUCUUCGACAACGAGGGGGCUGUUUACAAGAACAUCUUCUGUGCCCUUUGUCACGGCGUCGAGGCGAAUGAGAUACGCAAGUGGACCGCAAAACUCGAAUACGAAGACUACACGAUGCCGGGCUCGACUUACACCGAUCCGCGAUUAAAUGUGACAAUUAUUGACGGCACACCAACAGGGAGGUACGUCGUUGAACCACCCGAGGAUGGUUCAGGUGGUUUCCCCCGCACAUGUCCGGUCUCCACAAUAGGUUCCUGUCUCCAAGAAUUCAGUAACUCGUCCCAUGAGGCAGCCUGCAAGGAAUACUUUGCACCGACGGUCGUGAACUCAGUCCGCUACAAGAAUCCGCACUGCGCACUGUGCAACGGUCAGUUUGCGUAUCCCACGGACACUUGUCUUUCCACCUGUUUGCCGCCGUUUUGCGUCCCUUUCGAGAACUGGGAGCCAUGCUACAUGUCUUGCACGAAGGGUCCCCCGCACAUCUUGACGGUGGAGGCGCUGUUCGAUUUCGGCUGGGGUGGCGGGGAGAAGUCCGCCUGCCGCAGUGGGGAGUUGUACGAUCCUUUCCUGGAUAGAUGCCGUGGUGUGAUCUGUGCUGCGGGCUUGGUGCUAGCAGACGAUGGCCAAUGCUUACCUCUGCUAGAAACCUUCUUCCCAAUACCGCCACUUCUCCAAUCCCCCGAGACACUUAACAGAGAAUGUCAUUCAAUCAUCAACGACAGUUUAAGCGGUAGCUCUGAAGUCGUUCACUGGCAAUUGGUUCCACUUAACGAUACCCAAUCAAGCGAUCUCUCCAUAGAAAACCAUACUCUUUUCAUCUUAGGUAAGAGCUAUGAAACUCUUGAACAAGAUAUCGGCGAUUUCCUGAACACCUUCAAGAACUACAAUACUGAACAAAGUUAUUGCAACCUCCUCACAGUAACUGCGUACACUUUGAAAGGUGUGGAGUUGUUGUCAUCAAUUGACGUCUGCGCUAACUCUACCAUGAACAUGUGGGAAGUCUUCGAUCCCUCGAUUGAAAACGAAACACUCUAUGACUUGAAAAUCAUUCGAUCAUUUCGCUUGAGUCAACAAAAUUCCAGCUUCUCUAGAGAGGGAUUACUGCCAACUGAGUGCACUGAUAUCAUCCUGCUGAACUGCUCGAAGAUGUUUGAACGAUUAACAGCUGAUGAGUAUGUGUUCCAACCUGUAUCGCGGUCGAUACGUCAUCUUCCGACGGGGCUUGCAUUUGGUCCGGGUGAAUUUGUCACUUUAUCCGACCGUACAGCGAUUAUCUGUGGCCCUGUGGCCUGGUCAGACCCCAGCAAGUACGCUUUGGGCUUACUGUCCUUAAUCCUCUACUGCUUGUCACUGUUGGCCCUGCUUGCUACUUUCGUGACCUACUGCGUAUUCCUGACGCUGAGAAACAUGGUGGGGCUCCAGACUAUGAACCUCCUGGUGGCGCUCUUUGUUGCCAUCCUCCUGAUCGUUUUAGCGGGAAACCUGAGCGUGGAAGGGACAUACUGUCAGGCAAUGGCGUCGGUGAUACAUCUCUCGUGGUUAGCAGCGUUCUUCUGGAUGGCGACGCUGUCUGUCAAUGCCGCAAAGACUUUUGGGAGUAGGAACGUCCUCCCAAGGGGUUCACCACCAAGUUCUCGUCAACUGCUGACUACAAUGACGCUCGUCUGGGGGACCGCCUUGCUGAUAGUCGCUGUCGGCCUCGUUCUCAACUUUUGUGACUGUACCAGCCUUCCUGCCGUAUACAGCGAGUCGCCGCCAUGUUGGAUCCCCAAUGUCAAAGCACUACUCGUUGCCUUUGUUGCACCAGUGGCCGCCUCUCUGCUGAUUAGUGUCAGCUCCUUUAUUUUCGUCAUCGUGAAGGUUCGGAAGAUGAAGGGAGAGAGCAAGAUGGUGCAGAAGAAGGGAAAUCUGGAGGAAGUACUUGGGGAGUUGAAGAUCUAUGUCAAGCUGGCACUACUGUUUGGUGUGUCCUGGCUGCUAGCGUUCGUGUCUGUGGCCGUGAACCACGUGAUCUUGUCCUACACCAACGUCAUCGUCAACUCGCUGCAGGGGGUCUUCAUCUUCAUGGCGUUCUGCCUCAACCAACGCGUGAGGGCGCUGUGGAGGGGUAGGAUACUUGGUCGUGGUGACGCCGGCGGGUCAAAAGUGAGCACGAAAGUAUCGUCCAGUAGUAAGGAAAAGCACGCAGUUACAGCAACUCAUAUCUCCACCGUAUCGAAUAAGAGCCCCGAAACCGAGGAUAUUAAAGAGGAAACUUAUUUGUAGUGUAGCAAAUAAAAGAUAGAGAAAAAUAUUGAGUGUACUCCAGUCUUUGCUAUUUUCCAACGGCGUAACUAGGGUCAAACCUGGGGUAGGAGGGGGUGCACAUCAGUUAAAAUCAUGUUGACAGUGCAGUUAUAAUUGUUCUUCAAUUCAGGAUUUCUAAUGGAGGGCAACCGUGUUGCACACAUGCCCAGGCGGUAACUCGUCCCCCUCAUUCCAGAGCAGGGGUUUGUCCACUAGUAGUAGGAGGAUCGGAGUUCAAAACUGCGGUUUGAUUUCCCUGAUUUUUUUAUUUUACUCUUGAUGAUUAUGGUCAAUACAAUAAGGCCUGCGACAUUGCACCAUGUACAUGAUGUAAUAAAUACAACAACCCUGAUAUGAAAGCCAAUAAUAUUCCCUUUUUUUAAAGACAGAAAAACUCCAAUAAUUAUCAUAAUUGGGUCCUAAACAUAUCUAUUAGCUGCCUAUUAUUAUUUAGACAUACAGUGCAGCACGGUCGACUGGUUGCUUACUUUAACCGAUCGCACACAUCUACCGUACCGAUUGCGCUCAACAAAUACUAGGCGGCUUGUUUGUGGUGUAAAUCGAGGAUUGGCUAUUGUUCCUCAUCGUCGGACUUUUGCAACAGCUCCCUUGGUGUUGCACACGUCUUCGUGACAAACUCAGUGAGGAGCAACGCAUCUAAUAAUCGUAAAGAACCAUUUAAACAAUCGAAGGGAUGCGUAGACGUGACACUGACUUUUAUAAAUUCUGUCGUUAUACAAGGGUCAGUAUUAGUAUAUGUGCAUUAUAAAAUAGGAAUUAUUCUCUCAUUGAUUUUUCUAUGAAUGCUCCAUAUAUAAAAAUAUUAACUGAUGUGUAGAAUAUUCAUUAAGCUAAAUCACAUGAUUUUCUUACAUUCAACCUAAAAAAACUGUAUAGGUUUACGCUGAUGUAGAAAAACUUACAAAGUAUUACACGUAGCUUGUUAUGUGAAAGUACAGGUGAAUCACAA